CAUUUGGGAGCCGUGAUCAGGAAACAACUUGCAAAAUAGCAUUUUCCGACAAAGAUUUGGAUAUAGACAGCUUUUAUAUUUUAUGCGGAUGACUUUAAUUUUCUUUCAGAGUCAUUUCGGAUUUAACAGUGAAAAAUAAACUUUGAUUAAUGGAUAAUAAAACACUUUAGUGUUUUAAAACUUUUGACAUUGUUCUUUUUUAUUACUUUUUCGCCUGUAGUCACUAAUUGAUUCAAGCCUCUCUGAAACAUGCGAGAGUUUGAUGGAGGUGGACGCGCGUCGGUGGAGCUCGAGGACAGGCGCGCGCGUAACGGAUUUCUAUCGCACCAUCAACCGACCGGCACCGCACACAGGAAUCACCUUCCGUUUAUCUUACUGCUGCUCAUGUUCACUCCCAGUGUGGACUCAUCCUGGUGGUAUAUUGGUGCAUUGGGUGCUCGGGUCAUAUGUGACAACAUUCCAGGUCUGGUAAACAAGCAGAGACAGCUGUGCCAGAGACACCCAGACCUCAUGCAGUCCAUCGGAGAGGGAGCCAAAGAGUGGAUCCGGGAAUGCCAGCACCAGUUCCGACAUCAUCGCUGGAAUUGCAGCACGCUGGAGCGAGACCACACUGUGUUUGGCCGCGUCAUCCUGCGCAGUAGCCGGGAAGCAGCAUUCGUUUACGCCAUUUCCUCUGCGGGCGUCGUCUACGCCAUUACAAGAGCGUGCAGUCAAGGCGAGCUUAAAAUCUGCAGCUGUGACACCCACAGGAGAGGCAGGGCGAGCGACCAGGAAGGCGACUUCGACUGGGGCGGCUGCAGUGACAAUAUCAACUACGGUAUCAAGUUUGCCAAAGCCUUUGUGGAUGCCAGGGAGAGGAUGGUGAAAGAUGCCCGAGCGCUCAUGAAUCUGCACAAUAACCGCUGCGGCAGAAUGGCGGUGAAGCGCUUUAUGAAGACGGAGUGUAAGUGUCAUGGAGUCAGUGGAUCGUGCGCUCUCAGGACAUGCUGGCUGGCUAUGUCAGAUUUCCAGAGAACGGGCGACUACCUGAGAAAGAAAUACAACACGGCCGUGGAGGUCACGGUGAACCAGCAUGGUACAGGGCUAAUGGUUGCUGGACGAUAUUUUAAAGGAACUACCAAAAAUGAUCUAGUAUAUGUUGAGAACUCGCCCGACUAUUGCCUAAUGGAUCGAUCGGCAGGAUCUCUGGGUACAGCAGGACGUGUGUGCAACAAGUCAUCCAGAGGCAUGGACGGCUGUGAGGUCAUGUGCUGUGGGCGUGGCUACGACACCACCCGCGUAAAACGCGUGACCAAAUGUGAGUGCAAGUUCAAGUGGUGCUGCGCCGUUGAAUGCGUGGACUGCGAGGAAACCGUGGACGUUCAUACUUGUAAACCACACAAGAAACCCGAUUGGCUCGAUUUGACCUGACUGGCGUAACCACGACCAAUCAGCAGCCUCUGGUGCUUUUUCUUCUCAGGUGUGGGCGAUACAACUAUAACGCUCUGAUCUCCACUCGCACAACCUUGAACUUCAUUCACCUUCAAUGAUGUCAUCAGGGAGAAAGCAACUCUCGUAGGACAGUCGGGAGCUCUGGUGAUCUGGACACAAGCGUUUUACUGUUUUAAAAUGGUAAAACUCCUUUACGUGAGCCUUUCAAAAUCAACAUAUGUUUUUGGGCGACUUAAGAGAAAGAACAGUGACGUACACCAUCGGACUUCCAGCUUUACAAAGAAUAUAGCAAUAAAUUGUAUUUCAGGCCAAGAACAAUUCCAUCAAAGUGCUCCAAAAUUACACUUUGAAGGGCUUUGUGUAAAUAUUGUGAAACAAUGAUAACUUUCCCUUCGUUUAUUUUUCGGGCCAUUAUUUUUGAUGCGAAAUUCGUGCGGAAAGGAAAAAUCAUCAAUUUAUGACAUCCCAGUGUUUUUGCAUAGUCGAGAAAUAUAUCUUUCAUCUCAUGUUAUCUUUUUAAUACCCAAGCGCUUAAACAUCCCUUUAAAUAUGAGCACUUUUGUUUGGUUUGGUGAGUUUGACAACUUGCCUACUAUUGUUGAAAGUUUGUCAUUGAAAUAUGUUUAUUAAAUAAAGAGUACGGGGAAACCUCAAAUUACUCAAGUAAAAGAGGCCUAUCAAUGACAUCAUUAAGCUUUCUAAAAUGAUAAGGUGUAUUCUGAUUGGCUGGCUUACACCAUUUUUAUUAGUCCUGGCUGAAAAUGUGUUGCAAGAUCUUUCAAUUGCAAGGCGAGUUUAGGCAACAAAGACGAAGAUCUCUUUGAAUGUUUGUCCCCAUGUCAAACACUCACUACAUGUCAAAUCAUCGCUAAAAUAAGAAGACACCCUACUGAGAUUCAUCCGUAAAAAUAGUCAGGUUGGCAUGGCUUACAUUCUUCGCCAUUCAAUUUGCUGUUCUGAAGGAAGCACAUUGGUGUGCCAACACUGCUUCUAUAUUUGUUAAGAUGAACGAGUCCAUUGAGGGUCUUGCUUGUCAUGCCGGUUGACAAUGUGUGUCCAAAACGGUGCGCCAUUAAUCUAAUUCCCCUCGAAGCGUUGUCAGGUAAAGGCCUUGGCGGUGUACUUUUUGUCGGGUACGUACUUGACCAAAGAGUACACGGAAAGCCUGAACUGGAAUGAAAAUGCUAUACAUGCAGGAUCCACAGGAUCAU